UGUUUCCCUCUUUGAUAUACGUAUAUUAGCGUUUUCCGAAACUAGAGACGAGAGUACAACGUUGCCCAGAACAGUGAAAGAGAGCAGAUGAAACUUCAUCAUCUAUCCAGAUAUCCUGCAAAUCUAAUCAUGAAAUUGGAAUUUUGUUCAAGAGUAGCUCCCAUAAAAUACCAGGGUAUUUCCCGUUUGAAGCAAUGGGAUAGAACAUUUAUGUCGGAAUUUCUUGACAGAAGGUGGGCGUUGGCUAGUCCAGAUACAAAAAUUCACCAAGUAAAGCUAAAUAUCGAUGAGCUUCAACAACUGACUGAAGAAAAUGAAACAUGUGGAUAUUCUUUCUUAAAUGAUACUAGACCAUCUUUGGGUUAUGAAAUGAUGAAGGAAAGACAAGGCCCGUCGUUUUAUGUUGUGCGAGAUGAUUUGUUGCAUCCCCUUGUGAAUGGUAACAAAGCGAGAAAGUUGGAUGGAUUGCUGCCUCUAGUAGAAGAUUAUUGUGUUACUGAUGUGGUUACCUGUGGAGGUUGUCAAAGUGCACAUGCAGCAGCUGUUGCUGUUUCUUGUGCUGAGAGAGGACUAGCGUCACAUUUAGUACUACAUGGAGAACAACCUGAUAUUCCAACAGGCUACAAUUUGAUAACCACGAUGUAUGGCAAUGCCAUAUAUGUUCCAAGAUCUCUGUAUGCUAAAAGGGAAGAGAUGCUCAGUGGGCAUGCUGAUUUUGUGGCAGGAAGCACUGGUUCUGUGAUAUGGUUUAGUGAUAUUCUUAACGAAUCUUGUACCACCCAAAAGUCUAUGGCAGCAAACUCUGUGCAGAUUUAUUCUAAGUGUGUCAUCUCAGGGUCAAUUGCUGAAAAUCGUCAAAGAAAGGUUAUCAUUAUAAAUGAGGGUGCAGGGGAUUUUGCUGGAUUGUUAGGUUUCAUUCGCCUCGUGGAGUAUUUGUCUCAAGAUCAUAUAUUUGGGAAAGAACAACCCUUGAAAAUUGUUGUUGAUUGUGGGACUGGAACCACAGCUGUUGGUUUAGGCCUCGGAGCUAUUUGUUUUGGCUUGCCGUGGGAGAUAACUGGAGUGAUGUUGGCUGAUACUAUUGAGGGUUACAGGAAGCAAAAAAAGCGCUUAAUAUCUGAUUUCAAAAGGUUUUGUUGCUCGCAAGAAAUGGAUCAGUCAUUAAAUGGUGAUAGUGACAGCAUUGUGCAUUGGGUAGACAGAACGAACCCCAGAAAAUUUGGAAAUGUCUUGAAAGGAGAAAUAGAGACAUGCCAGAAAAUUGCUCAGCAAAGUGGUAUUCUGCUGGACCCUGUCUACACCCUGGCAGCUUGGGAACACGCGAUUUGUCUUUGCAGAAGAAAAGCUUCCUCUUCCAAAGGGGAUGCCAAAGUUGUGAUGCUUCAUACAGGUGGCACUCUUGGGAUGUUUGGUUUAGCUCAAAGGUACAAAUCUUCUUUCUAUACGCUCAAGAAGUAAAUGUGGGCAUCUACUGACUGACAGUAGAGAGACAGCAAUUUGAUUAAUUAUUAAAUGAAGAGAUUGCUGGUACUGAAAUGAAGGCGGAUAUCCUAAUUAAUUAUCAAGCUUAUCAGUGCUCGACCUCAAUAAUGGCCUUGAGAUUCUGAGCAACAUAACUGAGUGCAGGUUGCUUAGGAUCAUCAAAUUUACU